AUCUAUCUAUACAAAUAUGUAAACGUAUAUACAUUUUGACUAUGGUAUUACGGUUUUCGCGGGAGCGCAAAUAAUUCGACCAAUCAGAACGCUCGCCUUAGAGUAGAUAAGAUGGACCGUUUGAAAAGUACGCCAGAAGAUGGCAGCACUGUAACGGCAGAAGGAAGGACGAGUUUCGAGUCGCAGUAUACAACGGACACACAGGCGCAGUGACCGGCUUAGAGAGACGGAGUGAAGUGACGUUGCCAGUAACACUGCGAGAAGUCCCGUUUUUAUUCUUAGAAAUUUCCUCUGGAUAAUUUGGUCGUCCUUACCGAUUGUUAAACUACAAGACUGGGAGAGUUUAUGAUGAAGAGGCUCACUUUGAACGAGAGAACGAAAAUAGUCCAGUUUUACUUUGAAAAUAAUCGUUCGAUAAUUAGUACUCAGAGAGCAUAUCGCAGACAUUUUAACGUUAAAAAUGCACCGGCGGAAAUGACUAUACGCAACAUUAUUGCCCGUUUUCAGCAACAGGGUACUGUUUCCGAUUUGCCACGUUCCGGUAGGCCACGUUCUGUCUUUACAAAUGCUAACAUACAACGCGUGGAGGAAAGUGUCCUCGAGGAACCCGGAACUUCGACCCGAAGGCGUUCUAGUCAAUUGGAAUUAUCACGAACAUCGUUGCGACGUAUUUCAAGGCACUUGCUCCUUUUAUUCCCAUAUAAGAUACAACUCGUUCAGGAUUUACAUUUAGACGAUUACAAAAGCCGUUUGAAUUUUUCAAUUCGUUUUCAACAACUCGUAAAAGAAGAGGACGAUUUUUUAGAUCGUUUGAUUAUGAGCGACCAGGCGGAUUUUCAUUUAGACGGUAUUAUCAAUAAAGAAAAUUGCAUAUUUUGGGGCGCAGUUAAUCCGACGGCUAUACGCGAUUAUCAGUUACAUCCAAUUAAAUGUACAGUUUGGUGCGGAUUAACGUCGGAUUGCGUGAUAGGUCCGUUUUUCUUUAAAAACGAUGAUGGUAAUAACGCGGCUAUCGUUACCGUCGAACGAUACAAAAACAUGAUAGAGAAUUUUCUACGUCCUGCCGUGGAAGACAAACCGGACAUGUGGUUCCAACAGGACGAAAACGCGUCUCAUACGGCCGAGCCAACGAUGGAAAUUUUAAGGGAAAUUUUUUCGGGACGAUUAAUAUCGAAGCAAGGGGCAAUCGAAUUUCCCGAACGUUCGCCGGAUUUAACGGCUACCGAUUUCUUUUUAUGGGGUUAUUUGAAGGGAAAGGUUUAUCGAAAUAAACCGCGAACGAUUCAACAGUUACAAGAAAAUAUUAGAACCGAGAUCCAUGGUUUAUCGCGACAAACGCUGAGAACAGUUAUGGAGAAUAUAUUGCAACGAAUGAAAUUAUGUCAGACCGAAAACGGACGAUAUUUACGCGAUGUUAUUUUUCACGGCUGAUCGUAACAACAACAACGAUAUAAUAAUAAUAAUAAUAAUAAUAAUAAUAAUAAUAAUAAUAAUAAUAAUAAUAAUAAUAAUAAUAGUAAUAGUAAUAAUAUCGUCGUCCCUUUGUAACAUAUUAUGAUAUCAAUGAAAAUAUUCCGACGUACGUAAAAUAUUUCGUAUAUACGCAAGAUGCAAUAGUAUUAUUACUAUUUCGUAUCACCUAGGAACUUUUGGCACGUCCUGUACAUUACAUAGCUCGUGAAAGAGCGUCUUGUUUCCUCUAUCUAACACUCUACAUGAUGCUCGAACGAACGAACGAACGAACGAAUGGAUGGAUGGAUGGAUGGAUGGAUGGAUAGAUGGAUGGAUGGAUCGAUCAACGAAGAACCGAACGAAGCGUUGUAUAGGAGAAGGGCUCUGUGCUAGGGUGCCGGCGCUAUGGGGGUUAUGGGGGCACGUUCACACAAAACGGCCACCGUAGGCAACGGCAGCUGUUCACCAUCCGUGCCCUACUCUCUACUCUCGCUUCUCUCCCCCGCAUUCUUUGCUCGGCUUAAGCCUCGCCCUUCGAACCGAAACUUCCUCUUUCUUCUUUGCUUUUACCUUUUCUCUCUCUCUUUCUCUUUCUUUCUUUCUUUCUUUCUUUCUUUCUUUCUUUCUUUCUUUCUUUCUUUCUUUCUCUCUCUCUUUCUUUCUCUCUCUCUUUCUGUCGUUUUCUCUCUCUCGUCAUUAUUUUCGUCAUAGAAAACGUGUACGUGACUUUCACAAUCUUUAUCUUUUUUUUCUUUCCUUUCUUUUUUCUUUUUUUUUUCUUUCCUUUCUUUUUACAUGGUACUCUCAAUACGACGCCACGUAAAAUCAUCGUCAUUAAAAAUCACGUUCCAUUUUUUAUCUAUAUAUACGUAUAUAUGUAAGUGUUAGAGAGAUUUCCUUUCGGGGUUCAAUUUUUUUUUUUUUUUUUUGAUAUCUUUGUAUUUGAAUCGUACUAAUCGUAGUGAGAUGAUUUUAUUUAUUUGUUUUAUUUUUUGUUUUUGCUUUUGUUUUCCUUCUUCGAUUAC